GGAAGAAGAGGAGGGCGCGUGGGGAAAGGGGAGGGGCUGAACCCCAGCUCUAAAGGCAGCCUGGCUGCGGGUGCCUGUCUGCACUGUGUGAAGCCCGGCAGCAUUGGGCAAUUCUGGCUUCCUCCCUACCGGGUGCCAGCCCAGUCCCACGCGUCCCGGGGUUUCGUCCACACAGACAUGGAGGAGACGGUCGUGCGGCCCUCAGUGUUUGUGGUGGAUGGACAGACGGACAUCCCAUUCACCCGGCUGGGUCGCCACCGCCAGAAACAGCCCUGCAGCGCUGCACGGCUGGGCCUGGGUCUCCUACUGCUGCUGGCGGCUGGGCUGGCUGUCCAGGGCUGGUUCCUGCUGAGGCUGCACUGGCGCCUGGGGGAGAUAGUGGCCCCCCUGCCGGAACGAGAUGCGACAUCCUGGGAGCAGCUGGUGCAAGGGUGGAGGUCCCACCAAGUCAACCCAGCAGCACACCUCACAGGGGCCAACUCCAGCCUGACGGGCAGCGGGGGCCCCCUGCUCUGGGAGACAAAGCUGGGCCUGGCCUUCCUGAGGGGCCUCAGCUACCAAAACGGCGCUCUCGUGAUCUCUAGGACCGGCUACUAUUACAUCUAUUCCAAGGUGCAGCUGGGCGGCGUGGGCUGCCCACAGGGGCUGACGGGCGGUCUGCCUAUCACCCACGGUCUCUACAAGCGCACACCCCGCUACCCGGAGGAGCUAGAGCUGCUGGUCAGCCGACGGUCGCCCUGCGGGAGGGCGGCCAGCCCCCGCGUCUGGUGGGACAGCAGUUUCCUGGGCGGGGUGGUCCACCUGGACGCUGGAGAGGAGGUGGUGGUCCGCGUGCCAGAUGAGCGCCUGGUCCGACUCCGAGAUGGCACACGGUCCUACUUCGGGGCCUUCAUGGUGUAGAGGACAGAGUGAUGGCGAAUUGCAUGCGGGUGAGAAAGAAACCUCACAGGGUGCCUCAAGAGACCAGACGCCACAGAAACAGACACCUUGGAGGGUGUCUCCGAAGCAGCAGGCAGAGCCCAGCGGGCACCCGUGGGGAAAAGGAGACUGCAGACCCCGCCACGGACAACACUGAACACGCAGACCCGGAGACUUGGGGGUCUGUAGGGCCCCUGAGCAGAGGGUAGCGCUGAUCUGCCAGAUAUUCAGGAUAAGGGGUUGGGGUGGGUAUUUAUGCUUUUGAGUCAAAGGAAAGGGGGACUUUGGGGUCCAGACACUUGGCUGAGGACUGGAAACAUGCCUCUCCCUGACUCUCAGAGUGUGGGGUGCGGGAGACUCAUUAUCAGGACUCAUGGGUGCGGAAAGCCCAGCCCAGCCACACCCAUGGUCAGAGCCACAUACUCAAGUCCCACUGAGGGACUUGUGGCCACACCUCAGCCUGCCAUGAAACAUUGGAGUUAGAGACGCAGGUUCAGGAAUGUGCUGGUAAACAUUUAACAGCCAGCUCCCCCAGGAGGGGGUAGGAAUUGAAACGUCUGCCCAUUUCCCUGGUGCAAAUCCUCCCCCCGGGGCUGGCCGCCAUCUCCCGUCCUGGGGAACACUCACAUCCCACUGAGGACACCGCUAAGGCCAGACCUUGGCACCAGCCGGCACUUGGAAAAGACAAGAGAAGGAAGGAAGGGAAAAAAGGAGAAAGAAAGCAAGCCAGACAUGCCUGCAGCAUCACGGAGAUAGCACCGCUCCACGAUCUCACUCUUUACCCACCGCAGACUCACACACGGGAAGCACUGGCUUCUCGAACAAGCACACACAAGUUGUAGGCAGCAUCAUGAAUGCUCAGUCACAGACACCGCAUGACAGCCACAGGCGACACAAUCACACACAAGUCAUCAUCCCCGCCACACCCACAGCGGCUGUACAGUCACCCCAGGUGUGACACAUAGGCUGUGAUGUUUGUCACAUCAGGCUUCUCCAUGUGGCAUGACAGUCAGACCCAUCACACAUGGUCGCUCCUGGUUUGAGGUCCCUCCCAUCCAAGACAAACACAUCCUGGGGUGAGGGCAAGACCGUCUGUAGCCCUGGGUGUCCUGACCACUGGUCUUGGAAAUAAAUGGUAAAGGUUG